AUGGAUUUUGUUAAUCAUUUCCUUAGUGAGGAUAUCUGCCUACGAAACAGCACACAAUUCCUCAUGUGUCCACCCUGCAAGGCAAAGGGUUGUCGGUUUAGAAGACUAAACACAUCUUGUGGCGACAUCGUUUGGUCCUACUUCUUCGACAAUCCAGCCUCGGUUUUCCUCGCAUUCAUUGCACCCAUUUUUGGCAUGCUGUGCUUGAGACUGUGGAUGCGCCAGCAAAGCACGCUGGAGUGUCGUUGGCAUAUGCAGAAUUUCAAGGCAGCCAAGGAGCCUGCUAGACGGCAAUUCUUGGAAAGACUCAACCAAGAGGACCACUCACUGUCAAAUAAUGCUGGUCUUCCUCUCUGGUCGUUUCGAGUGCCAGUCCUUACCUUCACCUGGUUUAUUACUGCAGUAUUGACGACUGAUCGACGUAUAACCUGUCACCAUGGUCUGGCACAGGAUGCGAAUGUUCCCAUGGGUGAGAUUUCCCUCUCAAUCGGGUUAGAACUCAUAACGGACAUCAUUCCCCCUCGUCUCGAGGUCUACUUCAUGCAGUCAGAAUCGAAAUUUUGCAAUGAAUUUGCCUUAUUCUUAGCAUUUGGCGUUAAGACCCUCUUCAAUGCUGUCUGUGUUUGCAUUUUAAGCACGAUUUACCGAGCAUGGAUUCGAUGGUCAACGAAACUUGAGUAUCAUCCAACUCAGGAUCAACAGGAGCAAACUAUUCUGAUGAAAAGUUGCCUAAUGGAGUUCAUCAAUGUCUUUUUAUCCCUUUUUACUGCUAUCCUCUUCAGAGCACUCAAUUAUGGCUAUCCUGGUCAAAACUCAACGAUAUUUGAACCGCUUGAAUGGCCGGUAUGGACUGGUCUGUUUGGAAUUUUCUACGAAAUCUACAUUAAAUGCACAGUCAUUGUCUUCGUGAAGACUGCUACUGAUUGGCUUCCGUGA